AUGAAACGAUUUCCAAUCGACGCUCAUCAAGACUCUUCCUCUCAUAAAAAGACGAAAAUCAUUCCGACCAGUUCAGAGAGGCAACAACAACAGCAGCAGCAGAACGAUGAAAAGAUUCCGAAUUUCAAACAAGAAGUAUUAUCGAUCCUUGCAAAAUUAAAUAUGGAUGAGGUGGGAUUGAUUAUGGAAUUUCUAUGUACAGGUGAAAUAUUGAUGAUGAGCCUUUGUUCUAAACGGUGGUAUGAGUCUAUCUGUUCCAUUGUCAAAGAAAAAUUUCCUACAUAUGUGAUUCAUGACCAUGAUAAUAGUCAUGGAUGGACACUCACUGCGGCAUUAAGAGGUGCCAAAUCUAUUUCCAUUUCAUCACAUGAAAGUGUUGAACAAGUGAGUCAAGUUGUGAAUGAAAUUGCAGAACAAGGAUAUUCUCUUUCAUCAUUCACUAAAAGAUUUAAUUGUGUUUCGAUGGACCCCACAACUCUUUAUGACAUAUUGAACACUCGAAUUCAACAACGUCGAGAUGAGAAUGCAGCAACGACCAAUGUUAAAACAGUUGUUUUGAAAUUUGAAGAUGAUUUGGAAAAGAAAAGUCUGUAUGAUGAAGAUGAGAACGAGGAUGUUUCAUUUAAAGACAUUGAAAUUAGGGAAAUACCGAUUGGGUUUAGCCUCAAAGAAUUAACACUCAAUGAAAUGUCACUCGAUCGAUCAACUCUUUACAGAAUCUUGUCAAAAUGUUGUGCACUCGAAAAACUAGAUCUUCUUUGUCUCGAGCCAGUGUAUUAUUCCGUUGGAGGUGAUCGUGGUCGAGGUCGUGGAAAGGGAGGUUUUAAGCGAGGAAAAGUACUUUGUAUUGAAGAUGAAGAGGAUGAAUUUUACAAUGAACAAGAGGGUCUUGUAUAUGUUCCAGUAUUAGAAUCCCUUAAAUCUUUGACCUCUGACUCCAUAUUUGACUAUGAUGCAGGUGAGAAAUUUAUGAUUGACAUUUUAAAAUUGUGUCCAAACUUGGAAGAGUUGCAUUAUAUUUAUCAGUAUCCUGUCAAUGACUGGUUUUUGAGCCAUCUUGCCAAAAUGUGCCCAAAACUUAAGAACAUCAAAAUUUCAGCCUACGAUGGUGCAACUCCAAUAGAGCUAGAAGUGACAGAUGAGGGUAUUUAUGAAUUUUUGAAAGCAUUGCCUCAACUUGAGCACGUGGAUUUUUAUCCAUGUUGUAACUUUCUAGGAGAGCUGUUUAAGAAGAUUGGAGAAUUCUCUCAAUUGAAACAUUUUAGAGUCAUUCGAGAGGGCUACAAUAGCGGAUUGGUUACUAUGGCAGAUGAUGUUCAUUUUGGAGGAGGAAUGUUGCCAAAACUCGAAUACAUUGGGGUCGGAAGAUGUAAUAAUUUUAACACAAAUGAAGAACUUGACAAAUUUUUCACUACUCUUCGAUCCAUUGCCCCUCAUUUGAAAGAUUUUGGAAUUAUCUUUGAUACAGAUAGGAAGUUAAUGAAUGGGAAACAAAUCAUUGAGCUCUUUUCUGACUCUCUCACUCAUUUGAACCUAGAAAAAGCAUCUGCAGAGCUGAUCAGCAAUCUGCCCAAAAAUCUUUCUACCUUAGGACUGAUGAUUGACAAUGAAUUUGCAAGCCAAAAUAUGUUGAGUCUAUUACAGCCCAAUCAUGGACUUAAAAGGCUGAGCCUUAUUUUUACGCAACCCAUCUCACUCGAAACCUUUCAAAACAUGAUUGAAAAAUUGGCUGUACAUAUUUAUCCCUGUGUGACACAUCUCGAGUUGCUUGAUGUGGUCGAUCGAUCGGUCAGUGUGGGCGGCCACAAUUUCAAAGGGAUCGAUAAUUACUUGGAUUGCAUGUUUGAGAAAAUUUUAAGAAAUCCAAAAGCAUGGCAUGAUUUGCGUUAUGUCGAUGGAGUAGCAUUUUCGACCAUAACACGAUUGUUAAAAGUUCGACCAACGAUUCGAUUUAACUUGGAUGAAUCCGAAAAACACAUAGUUCUUGAGGAUGAACGUUCUAAUUUUUAUUAUCAAUGGUUGGUCCUGGAUCAACCUUUUGAGAGUUGGUCCCAAUAA